CAUAGUGCAGUUUACACAACUUGUCCGUGAAAUGGAGACCCUGGACGGAGAGGUGGCUCGCCUCCACACACAGAUCAGAAGCCAUUACCUGCCUCCCGCGUCAAUCAGCUCCACUGUUGACACAUCGCUGUGAAGUGUUUUCAGGUGAUACCAGUACCGAUGAAUCUCUAUGAAAUCUCCAAAAAAUGAGACGAAGAAACUUUAAAUAUUUAUUGUGUGCGUGUGUGAUGGUGUGCAUAUACUAUUUUUUUGGUGUUAGUGACUAUAUACAUUCUAAAAGCUUCGACGAUAAUUUCGAUUACCCUCUUAAUAUAAAUAUCAAAAGCAUCGUGGACGAUGUGCUAUCAGGCAAAAAGGUUACAGUGACCCCUAUCAAUUAUUACCCGUACAGGUUUCUAACAAACUCGGGAAAAUGUUCUACUACACACAAGUUAGACCUGUUUAUCGUGGUAAAAUCAGCGAUGGAUCAUUUCGGUCACAGAGACGCCAUAAGGCAAACAUACGGCCAAGAGAAUGUGCCAGGACGCACUGUAAAGACCUUAUUCUUCUUAGGAAUAGACGGCAAACAGAAGUCCGCGCUGCAGAAACAAAUAGACAAAGAAAUGGCCGACUUCAAAGAUAUAAUACAGAUGGACUUUAUCGACAACUACUACAACAACACGAUAAAGACUAUGAUGUCGUUCCGCUGGGUGUACGAGCACUGUCCCACUGCUGACUACUACUUGUUCACCGACGACGACAUGUACAUCUCUGUGCACAACCUGCUGGUGUACAUACACGACCGUGAGGCGACACGCAAGCCCGAACCAGCGGGCUUUACGACGUACUACAAGUCCAUCACGGACACUGCGGAGACGGACAGCGACUACCUGUACACUGGUUAUGUCUUCAAUUCAGCUCCACAGAGGUUCAGAUCGAGCAAGUGGAGGGUGUCUCUUGUAGAAUACCAGUGGGAUAGGUGGCCUGCUUACGUCACAGCUGGCGCUUACGUCCUGUCUAAUAAAACUUUAAAGGUAAUGUAUAUAGCUAGCCUUUUUGUCAAACAUUUCCGGUUCGAUGAUAUAUAUUUAGGUAUAGUGGCUAAAAAGGUCGGUAUUGUACCGAAGCAUUGUCCAGAUUUCUAUUUCUACAAGAAGAAAUUUAGUCCGGACGGUUACAAGGACGUCAUAGCGUCUCAUGGUUACGAAGACCAUGCAGAACUGAUCAGGGUGUGGUGCGAGAUGAAUAGUCUUUAAUGCAACUACGUAGGUGAAACAAUAUUGAUAUUUUUACAAGUAUUUUACGUUGAAGCACGAAGGCAGCAUGUGAUAUUUAAAAAACUUCGAAAUAUGAUAUUUCAAUGGAGCGUUCAGCACCUCUUAUGAUUCUCCAUCCAAGUCCAAGUAGUGUUAACAACCUUUAUGGUACUGAAUGAUAUUAUUUAUAAUCUGACGAGGGUACAUAUUAUUUAGGACGUAAUAAAGUACAGAAUGAAAUGUUAUUUGUUGUUAUCAAGUAGGUAUUAUAAAUAAGUACAAUUAAGGCGAUAUUCUAGCAUGAUACCAAACCGACCUUAGUAAAAUCUUCAAUAAUAUUUUCGGCAUAUAACUAACAGUACAUUUUGAUACAUCUGUUGAUCUUUAGCAGAACACAAUUAUCUCAAAUGAUUGUCAUACACUUAUCCAUUAAACAGUGCUGAGCAUUGGAAGACUGACCACGAUCCUGCAACGUAUUGAAUUUCUAGCUACCCACCCUAUUCUCGCCCUUGCUUCUCUAUAAAAAGAAUUUUAAACAUUUACCAAUCGAUAUUUAAAAUUAAAAACCGUAACCGCGAUUAGAAUGAAAUUCUUUUUCAUAAAAUUAUCAUCUUACGUACUCGAAUGAAGAAUCUUUUCUGAAGAACUUUCUUUAUUUUAAAUAGUCUUUAUGUAUUAUAACUCUGAUCUUUACCAUGCGAAUAUUCAUUACUCUUAGUUUUAAUAUGCUUAAGUUAGAUAGUUAAUAGCAUUGAAUGUGCAAAUACAUAGGUAUAUUGAUAUUAUUUUUACAAGUCCUAGAAUAGCGCUGAUCGCAUCUCAUUAUACCGUUAUCUAGCUUAGUAAUUGGAAAAUAAUCUCUAGGAAAAAAAUAUAUUGACGUAUUGAAAUACGUCCAUACUUUCCUAAACAUUGUACUUAGUUUCGUUAUGUGAAUCUCUAGGUUAAGAAUUCAAAAUCAGAUGUACCGUUAAAAGCGUUGAGUCCAAACGACUCCUUUUAAGUGUUAAGUCUCGUUAUUUUUUUUUUCUUACUCUCUAAAACCAAAGUUAAAGUCUGUCGGCAUCGUCGGCAUGCAACUAAAGUCGUAAACGAAUUCGGUACUUUCUCAUUAAAAUAAAAACAUGUUGUUUUAUGUACCUACGUACGUAAUGGAAUUAAAUUAUAUAAAAAUGUGUGGUUCUGACUGUGCCAUUUGUUUUAUCCAUACUUCAGGAUUCUUGUAUGAAGUUUAUCACAUUUUUGUUAUAUUUGAGAGUUAAAAGAAACAUGUCAAGCUUUGUACUUACUUUAGGCUAAGUUAAGCAAUUAUGUUAGCUUUGCUUGUUUAGAAUAUACUUUAGUUGUACAUAUUAUGCCCGGUACCUAUAAAUAAUAAUUUCUGGCGUUUAUUAUUUAAAGCUGGUGUCAAAAAACUACAAUUUUAUAGGAACCGGGCGUUAGUAAGGCCACUAAGUGGUGAGCAAGUUUGUGUGGCACGUGGGAACGUCAGAUCGAACUACAUAUUUCUAAAUACUAAGCUAAAGUAUACAUGUCUUUUUGACGUUUGCAAGUACCUUCCUUAUAUGUUAGGACAAGCAAUAUUAGUUCUAUGUGAGUACACAUAUAUCAACUCAGUAGUUCCUUCUAAAACUUUGUUGAAAGUCACAACAAUUAAUUAUGUGUUAAUUGAUGUUAGCGCUCACAUCUCAAUUAUUUUUUAUUUGUUCUCAAAAAAUGUUUUAGGUAUUAUGCUUAAAAAUGAUCUGAUAUCGCUCGAGUGUUUAAUUUCUUCAAUAAACAUAUAAACAUAAAA